GCAAAAACCCAUUAAAGCUUCAUACUUAGUUUGAAAACACACCAUUUUCUUCUCUCUCCCAUCUUUUCACUCAAAACAAAAGAGAAGUGGGAAAAAGUGAACUUCAUUCUGGCAAACAAAGACAUAUGCCCAGCUGGGUUUUCUUGUCUCUCUCUCCUUCUCUCUGUUUGUACUACUAAAGGGGGCAUAGAAUAAAGUGACUCAAGAGAAAGAAAAAGAAGAAAAAGAAAAAGAAAUAAUAUUUAUUAAAAAGGUCAUCCAUUUACUUUGGUGGAGCUCAAGUAAGAGGAGGGGAUUUUGGUUCAUGCCAUGAUGGGGUUGAAGCUAGCAAUGUGGAAUGCUUUGCUUCUUGUGGUAUUGUCCCUAUGGGCUUGUUCUGUUGAAGCCUCUGUUUCUUAUGAUUCUAAGGCUAUUGUCGUUAAUGGCCAGAGAAGGAUCCUUAUUUCUGGAUCCAUUCACUAUCCCAGAAGUGCUCCUGAGAUGUGGCCAGAUCUUAUUCAGAAGGCCAAAGAAGGAGGUCUAGAUGUGGUUCAAACUUAUGUUUUCUGGAAUGGGCAUGAACCUUCACAGGGCAACUACUAUUUUGAGGGGAACUAUGAUCUGGUUAAAUUUGUCAAGCUGGUUCAUCAAGCGGGCCUAUUCGUAAAUCUUAGAAUUGGUCCUUAUGUUUGUGCCGAAUGGAAUUUCGGAGGUUUUCCCGUCUGGUUGAAGUACAUUCCGGGUAUUCGAUUUAGAACAGAUAAUGAACCUUUCAAGUAUCACAUGGAAAAAUUCACAAGAAAGAUUGUGAAUAUGAUGAAAGCUGAAAGGCUGUAUGCAACUCAGGGUGGUCCUAUAAUAUUAUCACAGAUUGAAAACGAAUAUGGUCCCAUGGAAUAUGAACUUGGCGCUCCUGGUAAAGCAUACUCUAACUGGGCAGCUCAUAUGGCUGUGGGACUAGGCACCGGUGUGCCUUGGAUCAUGUGUAAGCAAGAUGAUGCUCCUGAUCCUAUUAUCAAUGCCUGCAAUGGAUUCUACUGUGAUUACUUUUCUCCAAACAAGGCUUAUAAACCUAAGAUGUGGACUGAAGCCUGGACUGGCUGGUAUACAGAAUUUGGUGGUGCAGUUCCUUACCGACCAGCUGAAGACUUGGCCUUUGCAGUUGCUAGAUUUAUUCAGAAUGGGGGAGCAUUCAUCAAUUAUUAUAUGUAUCAUGGAGGAACAAAUUUUGGCCGAACUGCCGGUGGUCCUUUCAUUGCUACUAGCUAUGAUUAUGAUGCACCUCUUGAUGAAUAUGGACUAUUGAGGCAACCUAAAUGGGGUCAUUUGAAAGAUUUACAUAGGGCAAUAAAACUGUGUGAACCAGCUUUAGUUUCUGCAGAUCCUACUAUAACACCACUUGGAAAUUAUGCACAGGCUCAUGUAUUUAAGUCAAAAUCUGGAGCAUGUGCUGCAUUCCUUUCAAACUACAACCCAAAAUCAUUUACAAAAGUGUCUUUCGGGAAUAUGCAUUACAAUCUACCUCCUUGGUCUAUUAGCAUUCUUCCAGAUUGCAAAAACACAGUAUAUAACACCGCAAGGGUUGGAGCUCAAAGUGCAACCAUGAAGAUGACCCGUGUUCCUAUUCAUGGAGGAUUUUCUUGGCAAGCAUACAAUGAAGAGACCACCUCUUAUAGUGAUACAUCAUUCACAGUUGUUGGCUUAUUGGAGCAGAUAAAUACCACCAGAGAUGCCUCUGAUUAUCUGUGGUACAUGACAGAUAUCAAGAUUGAUUCCAGUGAAGAAUUUUUGAGGAGCGGAAAUUACCCUGUACUAACGGUCUUGUCAGCUGGCCAUGCAUUGCAUGUUUUUGUCAAUGGUCAACUAGCAGGUACUUCUUAUGGAAGCUUGGAAUUCCCAAAAUUAACAUUCAGUAAGGGUGUGAACUUGAGAGCUGGAAUCAACACAAUUACACUUCUAAGUAUCGCCGUUGGUCUUCCGAAUGUUGGUCCACACUUUGAGACAUGGAAUGCUGGUGUUCUUGGCCCUGUUACUCUAAAUGGUCUCAACGAGGGUAGGAGGGACUUAUCAUGGCAGAAAUGGUCUUACAAGGUUGGUCUUAAAGGAGAAGCCUUGAGUCUUCAUUCACUCACUGGGAGUUCCUCUGUUGAUUGGAUUCAAGGGUCUUUAGUAGCCCGAAAGCAGCCUCUGACAUGGUUUAAAACAAGUUUUGAUGCUCCAAAAGGCUAUGCACCACUAGCUUUGGAUAUGGGCAGCAUGGGCAAAGGUCAAAUAUGGAUUAAUGGCCAAAGUCUUGGCCGCUACUGGCCUUCUUAUAAAGCAUCAGGUAGCUGUGGUGGCUGCGACUAUGCUGGAACAUAUCAUGAGAAGAAAUGCCUAAGUAACUGUGGGGAAGCUUCACAAAGAUGGUAUCAUGUUCCUCAUUCAUGGCUUAAACCAACAGGCAAUUUGUUGGUGGUAUUCGAAGAAUGGGGUGGAGACCCCAAUGGUAUCUUUUUGGAUAGAAGGGAUGUAGAUACUGUAUGUGCUGAUAUCUAUGAGUGGCAGCCAACACUAAUGAAUUGGCAUAUGCAAGCCUCUGGUAAAGUCAAUAAACCUCUGAGGCCUAAAGCCCACUUGUCUUGUGGCGCUGGACAGAAGAUUACAAAGAUAAAGUUUGCUAGCUUUGGAACACCAGAAGGUGCUUGUGGAAGCUUCCACGAGGGAGCCUGUCAUGCUCACAACUCAUAUGAUGCCUUUGAAAGGCUUUGCAUUGGUCAGAACGCAUGCUCGGUUACUGUAGCACCAGAGAUGUUUGGAGGUGAUCCAUGUCCUAGUGUAAUGAAGAAACUCUCCGUGGAGGCCGUAUGCAGUUGAUUAAGCAAAAGGUCUCUCGCAUUGUUUUCGUUCAUGCUCGCAUAUAGCAAUUUCAGUUAAUUUUUGGGUACGUUUAAUAUUCUAUACAUGUAAGUCAGCUGCAACCAUUCGUUGGCUUUCUCCUUGGUGAAGUUGUACAAAAGAAAAUACAACACACCACAUGGUCGAAUGCCUAAAGAGCUCUUCAAGAUGAUUGUGAGUAAGCAAUAUGUACAUAACUAGCUCUCGUUUCAAUUGGUUCCUGCAUGUUAUACAAUGGGGGAAGAAAAUUGUGGGGUCAGUUGCACAUUGAGAUGACACUGAUGAGAGUCCAUGUGCACAUUUUUUCUUUUAUAGUUUAAUUUGAUGAUGGAAGCUUCUGGCUUCCAGUAGUAAGCUUAAGGUUUCUCUUCUUUAUGUGUAACUUGGGAGCAAUUGUUUCAUUGCUUGUUCUUGUAGAAAUGUUUCAACGAGUAAAAAUUUCAAGUUUAUUAUUCA